UCUGAUUGAUAUCAGUGUAUGCAUUCAUUAAAAACUAGUCUUAAGUCUUUACAAUGUGUAACUAGACAUUGGUGUUGACCAUUUUGCUAAUAAUACACCCAAGUAUUUAAUUUGCAAGCUGUUCACCCAUAGGCACAAGCUAUCCACUAAUCAAGUUUCGCCAAAGUUGGAAUGUCCCAUCGUCAAUGUCGCCAAGCACGAGACUGUUCAAGCUGAACACUAUGUGAUGAAUGACAUGGAUUCAAACUCUCUCGCUCAAGCAAUUGUCGCAGAGAACCCUGCAUUUACUGCCAACGAAGUACCCAGUGUGAAGCUGGACUGCGCAUGCUUCGCAGAGUGAUGGACCCGGUUUGUAUGUAUUGCCCAGAGCGCGCUACAAUAUGGUACUUAGGACUGGACAAGCUCUAUCGAGACCCUCACCCGACAAACUUCUUUCGUCCACAUCAAUGACCAUGGCAAAUAUACUGUCCAGCAGUAGCUCAUUGACCAGAACCAGCUCGGCCAGAUCAUCAAGAUGUCAGGGGGGAAAUUGAAAAACAAGGGCAAGACUGAGAAAACUCGACUCCUUUUGAAAAGCCAGGAAAUCACCAACCUCGGAGACAAGUAUAGCUUGAGUAAUGAACAUCCUUGUCGACCACUUCUAAAUCAACGUAUUCUGGCGGCGAAGAUAGCGGUAGCUGCCAGGACAAGGGCAGCUACGCAAAUCGUCAAUACGAUUGCUAAUGUUGUUGCCCAACCACCGAGAGUUACGUCAUUGAAAUUCGGGCUCUGCCAGGAUAUUAUUGUCCAGCAAGCCGCGCCCCCAGCUCGAGCACCAACGAGUGGUUCUUCAGCAAGAUCUUUCAGAACACGACUAAGAUCGGUGAUUUUGACGCUGCUUAGAAAUUAAAAAUUCACUCCAAAGCUUUGGCACCAUCUAGACCUUCCUCUUGCAAACUCACGACCAAGUAUUAGAAUAAGUGAAAGCAGAUGCGCAAGGCGAUCAGUUUUACCAGCAUGUCCAUUAAGAGUAGACUGAGGCC